GAAUCCUGUCAGAGCAGCGGAAAGAGAAAGCGAACGUGAUUGGAGGAUUGUUAGUCGCGCGCCUUUUCCUGAUGUCACGUUGUACAUUCCCUUCUUUGUCGGCCGGUAUGUGGCUUACGUGCAUUCUGUUAUUGACCAUUUGUACGCAGACGUGGGCUCAGUUAUCGAGGGACCGCGACGAACUGCUCAAUUGGUGCUUGGAUGCUAAAUAUCACAAGAAGAAACCCGGUCCCGAAUCCAAAUUAUAUCGUCAAUGUAUACCAUGGAAAGAUAGAUCGUGCUGUACAGAAAACACAAGUCAAGAAAUUCAUCGAAACAUAUACAACUUUGAUUUAGAUCAUUGCAAACAAGAAACUGGCCGUCAAAUGUCGGAAGCGUGUCGACAACAUUUUCGUCAAGAUCUUUGCUUUUAUGAAUGUGAACCAAACAUUGGACCAUGGGCUCAAAAGGAUGAUAAGAAAAUAAGGAAAGAGAGAUUUAUUAAUGUUCCACUAUGUUCUGCAGACUGUGAUUCUUGGUGGAAAGCUUGUAAAAAUGAUUAUACCUGUGUAGACAACUGGUCACUCAAAUUUAAAUUUAUUAAAGGUGUUAAUCAUUGUCCAAACAAUACUAAAUGUGAGACUUUUGAGGAAGUCUUUAAAACAGCUAAAAAUUUCUGUGAAAAGGUUUGGGAUCAUUCUUGGAAAUACACUGAAAGUGGUGGUUGUAUGCGUAUUUGGUUCAAUGGUUCCGCUGGCAAUCCAAACAGAAGAGUGGCCGAAGUCUAUGUUGAUCAGUUGCUGUCAAGUUCAAGUUGCAAAUGUUGUUCUUUGUUACUUAUUUUACUUUUGUUAGUUCUUGUAUUUUAACUUUUUUUUUAUACACUUGUGGGUUGUUUUUUAUAGGUAAAUUUGUAACACAAUAGUUCAACUAAUCAAUUUAUGAACUAGUUGUUAAUAUUGUUAAAUUGUUUGUUAUAUAAAAUACUGUUGUAUAUUUUUUUAAUAAAUU